AUGGCCAUCUCUUCCCUUAUACCCGCCUCCAGCUCCCGUUCGUGGCCCGCUGCCGCCUCCAUUGCCGCCACCUCCGCCUCCGCCGCCAUCUCCACCACUGUCGCCACCUCCGCCUCCGCCGCCAUCUCCACCACUGUCGCCACCUCCGUCGACGACGAAACCGGCGCCACCUCCGCCGCCGACUCCUCUGCCCCAACCACCGCCACCUCCGACGCCACCACCAACUACGCCGCCGCCACCUCCGCCGCUUCCGACGCCGUCACCUCCGACGCCGCCGACGCUGCAACCACCGCCGCCUCCGACGCCACCACCGACUACGCCGCCGAAACCGCCGCCACUUCCGCCGCUUCCGACGCCGUUACCUCCGACGCCGCCAAAACAGCCGCCACCUCCGCCUCCUCCGACGCCGCCACCUCCGCCGCCUCCGACGCUGCAAUCACCGCCGCCUCCGACGCCGCCACCGCCAUCACCAGCCGCGGCGACGCGCUUGACAGCUGCUUAGCCGCGUCCGACCUUGUUCCCUCGUUGAUCCGCUACGUCCGUGUCCGGGGUCUUCGGAAUGGAUCAGGAGGACUUGGACGACUCGUGGGACUGGACUGGAGGUGGAGGACUGGCGGACUAAAGGAAGGACAGGAGCAGCGAAGACGUACCGGAAGAAGGAAGAACCAGCAGAGAAGGACGGAGCGGAUCAACGAGGCGCAGCAGGCUCUGACGAAGACCAGGUCGGACGCGGCAGCGGUGGCAGAGGUGGUGGCGGCGGCGGAGGAGAGGACGGCGGGGAGCGGCGGCGAAGACCAGGUCGGACGCGGCCGAGCAGCCGUCAAGCGCGGCGUCGGCGAGUUCGUGGCGGCUGGUGGCGCCGAUAGCGGCAGCGGAGGCGGCGGCGAAAGCGAGGGGAAGAGUUUGGCGGCGGCGGCGAGUGAGGCUGGAGGAAGCCGCGGAGGCUGCCACGGAUGUGGCGGGCAGCGUGCAGAUCCUGAAGGCGGCAGCGAGGGCCACGUCCGGCAUCUGGAGACGCAGGAGGCGCUGGACUACCGCGGAGAGGGCCAGCACGAAGAACUGCAUGGAUCUGGAGGACUUGGAAGUGGACUUCGAGGAGGACUGGAGAGGACCAGAGAGAUGGCCCUGAGGACAACAACCGGCGGAGAAGAAGGAAGGACUGGAGCAGCCAAGACGGACUGGAAGAUCCCGGAAUGCGUCGCAAACGAGAAGUUGGACGCGAAUGGAAGCCUGGACGCUGGAAGCCUGGACGCGACGGAGCAGAUCAACGAGGCCGAGAUGACCGCGCAGAAGACCCUGGCGAAGGCCAGGUUGGACGCGGCCGAGCAGCCGGUUGGGCUGGAGGAGCUGGAAUCGCAACGGACACAGUUGGAAGUUGAGGUGCGGCAGCUCGAGGCGACGAGGCAGCAGCUGGAGGCGGCGGCGAGGUGGAUGCGGCGGCGAGGUGGAGGCGGCGGCCAGGUGGACGCGGUGGCUGGUGAAGCUGGCGAGGUGAUGGUCGAUCGUCACGCGCCAGCUGGAGACGCAGGAUGCGCUGGUACCACGGAAAAGACCAGCACGACGAAGCGAUGUACACACAAGGGACGGCGGGCAGCCGGUGGCUUCAGAGCGGCCGCAUUGGACGGGCAGACGGCGCAGUUGACGCUGGACGGCCAGUACUCGUGCGAGGCGCGCAGUGAGAUGGGCAGCGUCGUGUGCUGCGCCGACUCGAGCUCAUCGACGCCCAAGUUGGAGUGA